AAGGAGUCAAUCCUCCGACCUCUGUGUUUUCAUGGAGUACUGAAAUCAAUCCAAACAUUUCUUUCCUGCGAACACAUCCUAUCGACAAACAGCGUCCUGCGGCGCACGACGACCAGCUGCGAGUGGUCCCAGCCGACCAGAUGAUCCUUCUCCAUCCCAGAGCUGGGGAGAGCAAGCCAACCCCUCCUCUCUGAGCUUCAGAGGCAUUGUGGUCAGGUAGCCUGCCUCCGCCAUGUCGAAGAAUCGAAGUGAAAUCUUCCAGUCUUCCAGACCUUCCAGAAGAGAAAACACCCAAGAACUGUCUUGCUCCAUUCACGCACCCAGACGGCACGACACUACGGAGGAAUCCGAGGAGGAGGUUCCUGUGCGCGAUACUGGACUUGGUAAGCAGGCCAACCGCAGUGAAAGCGCUGGAGGGGCGCCAUCCUUGUGUAGGGAAUCCAACGCUUCCUUGGCGUCGCAAGGCGAUACACAGAAGAAAACAAAUAGUUUUGCCAAUCGUGUUUCGGUAAACAACGUCUCUCUGGAAAUAGGCAUGAAUGAUCCUCAGGAAGGACGCAGUGAAAAUAAUCAGACAAUACAUGUAGAAGCUAGUUGCUCCACCCAAUGGUGCUCGGCGAGCCCCUCGUUGUGCAUCACACCCAACAACGUCGACAGCCUGCUCAUCAGCGCCAUCUUCUACAACCAGGAGGACGUCGUCUCCCUGUGCAAGGCCCAGCUCUACGAGUGUACAUUGGAGAACGCCCUGUACUACAAGUACGUGGCGGAGAAGCAUCACCUAAUUGAGGUGCUUCCCUUCCUGCGCGACUUCAUCCGCUCCAACUUCACCUCCAUCAUCAAGACGCACAGCUUCCUGACCAUGGGCGUGGAGCAGCUCCAGUCUCUCCUCUCCGAUGAUUGCCUCAAGGUGAACAGAGAGCUGGAUGUGUUCUUCGCGGCGCACAGCUGGCUCAACCACCAAGAUGAGCGCAAAAAGUACGCCGGUGACGUCAUGGCGUGCGUGCGCUUCGAGCACAUCUCUCCGAAGGACCUGAUGCUGCAUGUCGAGCCCAGCUGCAAGUUCUUCAUGGAGCUCGAAGGUCUUGAAGUGCUGCUGCAAGUGUACAGGUAUCACGCUUUACAAAGUUCCCAGUGUGAAAUCACGGCCACGGACGUUCACAAGCUGCCUCCAGUCCGACGAUAUGUUCCUGCGACUUUCAAGCGGCCGCCAACGCCACAGGUCAAGGUCCGCCAGCGGAUCAGCUCCGUGGAGCAGAACAAAGGUCAAGCGUGCCGCAGGCAGGUGGACUUCAAUUUCAGAAGCGAUGGACCGUUUCCAGAAUUUUCGUCUUCUCAGAUAAUUUACCACUGUCACGGCAGUCGGAAUGACAACCAGCAACAGAAUCAGAAUCAUCCCAUGGUCCAGCCCCCGUGCAUAACUGAGCCCAGCGCUCCCAGGGUGUACCGCCACAGCACGGAGACUAGGGCCCACGUCAGGUCCUUCUCGGAGCCUGCGACACGGGGGUCAACGACGGACGCGCCAACGAAGGAAGAGUGGAAGUCGUCUGGCUCGAUGAACUUGCCUCAAGCCAGCAACGAAAGUCCGAACACGUCGCAACGACAUCACACCGCCAGGCAGACCGCGAUUUACCACCAUCAGCACCAACAAGGGAAGAACACACCACCUGAACGGUUUGACAGAUACGUCGACCCUAAGCACGCCGCUAACCUCAGCUCUCAGUCACAGCAACAAGCAGAAGAGUUCAACAGUUUCAGUGACCAUGGUAACAUGGCGAAGACGGGCGGUGGUUCUAGCCCUAGAGGCUGGUCGGGCUUACACACCAAGCGGGACGAUGAUGGUCACUAUGGCAGCAAACCUCGGCCAGACUUGAAAAGGCGACCACAGCAGAUGGUCCGAGACGACAGGGUGUCGUCCUCACAUGAGCAUUAUUUCAGAGGCUACACUCAGCAGUCCUUGGGCCCGUGUACUGUCCUCCUCGCCAUCGGAGGUUUGAACCCCUACAAGGUCGAUACAAAUGUCCCGACCCGUCUGGUGGAGAAGUACGACCCCAGGAACAACAACUGGCAUCUGCUGACCAAACUACCGGAUCCACGUCACCACCACGCAUGCGCAGUGCUCGAAGGCUGCCUCUAUCUGAUCGGGGGGUCCGUGGUCGACAGCCGCGACCUCUACAACAUGUCCAACCCCACCAACAGCUGCUACCGCUAUGAUUUGUCGGGUAACUACUGGACGGCCAUUGCCCCCAUGAAUUCAUCGCGCAUGUAUCAUGCACUGGCCGUCCUGAAGGGCGUUCUCUACGUCAUUGGUGGUCAGACAUACGACGACAAAUUUCUUAGCACCGUGGAGUACUACAACCCCGACAGCGGUACCUGGGGUCACGUGGCCUCGCUCAUAGACCCCACCAUCGGCGUGGCGGCCAUUGGCUUCAAGAACUACGUCUACGUCAUCGGCGGCUUCCUGGAGAUGGACGACGAGAGCAUCGUGCUGGGCAGCGUAGAGUGUUUCGAUCCCCAAAGGAACAGGUGGAUAUCCCGCCGCCCUCUGCCUUCGCCUCGGUGCCACUCCAGCGCGGUGGAGGUGGGGGGCCGGUUGUUUUUGCUCGGGGGGUCCACCCUCGUGUCCGAGGCGGAUGCUGUGCAGUCCCUGGCGUCGGUGUUGCGUUACAACGACUUGGACGACGUCUGGGAAACAUUCCAGAGAAUGCAGAAGCCGCGCCACGACUUCGGCUGCACCACCGUGGGGAACAGGAUCUACAUCCUUGGCGGCGUGUGUUCGCUAUCCAAGAUGGCGCUGCAGGACAUCGAGUGCCUGGACGUAGCACGCAGCUCCUGGUUGCCAGGAGUCGAGCCUCUGUGCCUGCCCACCAUCGGCCUCAGCUGUGUGACCAUGCAGGACACCCCCAUAUGAGCAGGAAUCAAGGCCGCUGAUGCUGAAAACAACGUGUGACGUUCUUACCACCCCACGUACUCAUAUUCCGGCCUGUCUGCCUGCCACGUCCAAUUUUUUUUUCCGCAUUCCAAGCUGUCAAGACUGCAGUUGUUCAUUCUCUUUAUCAUCACACAUAGUUGAAAGGUGGUUAUAAGGUACACUACGGCAAGCUCCCGAGUGGAGUGACGACUGGUGCCACUCUAUCGGUGUGCUGUGGUGUAGUUUCCAUUAACAGAACCCAGUGCACAAAAGUAUCUUCCUUUGAGCGUUGCCCAGUCUUCUGCCGGUGAUACCUUUUUUUCCUAGAAGUUUCUCCUCAUGUCCUGUUCUCUUGGAAGACGGUGUCAAAUAGUAAGGACACCUAAGUAGCUAUGACAUUGACAAAAAGAUUCGAUCCAACAGAAAUAUAUUUGGUAGAAAUAGAAGUCUGUAUCACUCCGCAAAAAAAAAACUUUGGGGUAUUUUUUAUGAUGACAUGGGGAUGAUAAUAAUAACGCUAAGAACACAGAUGACAAUAAUUACGCUGUCAUGAAAUGCGAUGACAGAAACGUUCUUUAGGUAUACCUAAAGGGCUCUGUGUCACUGACAUACGUAACAUGAAUAAUGAACGUAAAGCGUCUCUCACGAAGACCAACAAAAAAAAUGUGAGUCCUUUCGACAAACAGUUUGUGAUGCAGAUGACAUGACACACCUGCUUCAAAGCGUAAAAAGGCUAGAUGACAGUGUGUAGCUUUUUUUGUAAACACUGCUAAAAAUAAGCAACAAACGCUGUUUUUAAGGGAAAUCUGUGUAACAAAGAAAGUAGCCAGCAGGAAAAUAAGAAGAUACAAGGGACAUGAGAGAAAGGGAGACUAGCACAUUUUCAAGAUCUUUUAACUCUUAAAUGACAAUGCACUUCAGUCUGCUCUCAUCCCAUGGUGGAUGCAAAGCAUCGUAAAGCAUCUCCCAUAUGUAUAUAUUUUCAGUCUGAGUGUAUGUGUGCGCUGACUUCACAUAUAUGCUAUGUGCAGUGAGAUGUUUUGUUAAAUUGACCCAUGUUCAAGUACACAGUCACGGAUGCCAGAAAAGAUUACUUGUUAUUACUUGUUGACCAUCCUCCCUUUAAUAUCAUUGUCCAGAAGCUGUCACAGUUAUUACACUGGUUUAUUGACUAAAUUCUGUCCAGUUAGAGUAACAAAUACUAUACUACAAAUGUUAAACUUUUACCCUGAAUGUGUGUUGUAUACUAAUAAAGUCUGUUCUAUGCCCCGC